AUGGACGCUAGAAAUUCCCACCUCUAUCAGCCAACGGCGCGCUCUUUGGCCACCGACCACGAGCACGUCUUGCCUGUGCUGAGCAAACCAGCUGCUUGGGCCCCUCCCACCACUGCUGUCCAUCCGGUUACUAUUAAUAAUAAUACCUAUCAACAUCAUCAUCAUCCCUACAAUUAUCCGAUCUCGACAUCCAGCCAACCGUUGGCUUAUGGCCCUGUCCCGCCGCCGCCCCAGCAAUCAAUACCUCCGGCCCCCGUCCAUGCCGACGCGCAGACCUUCACCACCGAAUCUACCCGGCAGGAUGUAAACAGGAACGGGGUCACGAAACCCCGCAAACCGCGGAAGUCCAACAAUGCCGCCGCGGGGAAAUCGACAUUGUUCUGGGUGCAUACCGAUCCACAGUCCGUGUCCGAAGGUACCAGGGAGGAGACACUCAAGCGCAUUCGUUCCCAUGUUAUGUCCGAGCACAACCGCAAGAAAAGGCUAGAAAAUACGAAACGCUACAAGAGCAAAACCUGGAAACACCUUGCCUUUCAGCCCGUGGAAACUACAGCCUCCAGCUCGUCAGCUGCAGCUCCGGCUUCUUCGGCCCCUUCUACCGGAUCCUUCCCGAAACCAAGUGUCACCGAAUCCUCCUCCUUCGGCACGCGAAUUGUCUCCGAUUCUCCUUCCUCUUCUUCUUCAUCCUCUGGUUCAUCAUCGCCCGAACAGCGACAGAAGGAAGUACCGCAGCAAGAGCUGGUGGUUACGGACGCGGGCAGUUACCCAGCUGUUUCUGCCGAGACAGUGGACAACUACAGCAUCGAAACUCCUUCUUCGCAAAAUGCUCUCGCGCCCGUGCAGUCUGCAACUCCGUGGGCUUAUUUGGGCGGUGCCACCGACCCGUUCAAUUCGAUGCAUACGGUCAUGUCGGACCUUUUCGACCUGACUCAGCAGGCAUAUCCUCUGCAGCGCCGGUAUGGACCUAAGUUGCGGGAUCACUGGACCGCAUUAGUCCAACAAGAUCCAGUAUCAUUGCACGCUUGUAUAUGUGUAGCGGCGUCGAAUUCCGCCUUGGCAGCAGGGGAGCUCCCGCUGACGGACCCCAAUAAGCGGCGUUCUAGCGUGCUACUUCUGGACACAUUCCACCAUCGGGGUGAGACAAUCAAACUAGUCAAUGAGGGAUUGUCGGAUCCGAUCAAGGCCUCCAGUGACCAGCUGAUCGCCGCCGUGUCAAUCCUUUUGACGAUUGAGAUUGCAUCUGGCAAUGCCGACUAUCUCAAAAUCCAUCUGGCGGGCCUCCGGCAGAUGGUAGGUAUGAGGAAAACCUUCGCGGAUGUGCCGCCCGACGUUCGAUUCCAGAUAUCAUGGACUGACAUCCGUGUGGCGUGCAUGGCCGGCACCAAGCCCAUAUUCCCUUUUAUUCGUUACGCCCGUCCCUCGCAAUUGGCACUUAUGCCUCCUAAUGACGAUCUACUAAUUUUAGCUACGCGUUUGACACAAUUAAUUGAGAUACCCGGCAUCUUUGGGGAUGCCAUGUCCAAGAUGAUAUAUGACCUGGCUGCAUUGACGUGGUACUGCGAAUGGAUCAAAAGUACAACGCAAUACCAAGAAUUUGACGAUGAGACGGAGGACUACUUCAACACCGAAGUCCUGUACGUCGAGUACUCCCUCCAUGAGGACCGUUACACGGCGACAGGCGAAAUCAAGAUGGAAGCCACCAUCGAAGGCUGCGUUCGGCUGGCAUGCCUGGUGUUCCAUAACACCGUCAUUUGGGGCUUCUACCCGCACAUCGCGCCGGUGUUCCCCAAACCUGUGACUGCGCUUCGUUUAGCGCUGGAAAGCACGAUGAGUGCUGGAUACUUUGAACUGUGCCGGGAUGUGCUGAUCUGGAUCCUGUUCAUCGGGGCGUGCAGUUCGCGGCUGCUACCGGAGCGGACAUUUUUCGUGAACGAGCUUGUUUCGGUACUUCGAGAAGACGGAAGCAUCCACUCGUGGCAAGAACUCCGAGCCCUACUUCUGGGCUUUUUCUAUGCGGACCGGAGUUAUCUGACUCCGCUACGAGAACUAUGGGAUGAAAUUGAGAUAAAGCUCCGCGCACCGCACGAAUGUAUAUAG